GUCAAUUCGUUUAAGCGAUUGGACUCGACAAAAACCCUUACCCUGGGUCGUUUUAUUCUUGAUUCUCCAUCUCCGUUACAAAGUCAACACUCGAAGAUCGUCGCUCGUGGAAAUGGCCGAUUCUCCGCCGAGAAGGAAUUCAAGGUCCCCUUCUCCGUGGAGGGAGCAGUCAAGGUCCAGGUCACGGUCUAGGCAUAGGUCUAGGUCCAGGUCAAGAUCUUUUGAAAAGCAAAGACCAAGAUCCCGUUCCAGAAGUCAUGGCAGAUCAAGAUCAAGAAGCAACGAAAGGUCUGAGUCUAGAAAUGGUGGGAUUACACUUUAUGUGACUGGCCUAUCUUCAAGGGUCACUGAGAGAGACCUAGAGGAGCAUUUCUCUAAGGAGGGAAAGGUUGCUUCAUGUUUUCUUGUGGUGGAGCCUCGGACACGAAUUUCUCGUGGUUUUGCUUUUAUUACAAUGGAUACUGUCGAGGAUGCAAACCGCUGCAUCAAAUAUCUCAAUCAAUCAGUUUUAGAGGGACGCUACAUCACUGUUGAGCGGUCAAGAAGAAAGCGACCAAGAACUCCUACACCCGGACACUAUCUUGGUCUGAAAAGUACUAGAGACUACGGAUAUCGUGGCGACCGUGGAAGGUAUCGAGGAGGUGGAUCUGGUCGUGAUGAUUAUGGAUACCGUAGGUCUCCACCAAGGCGCUCACCAUAUCGAGGUGGUAGAGAUUAUUCACCAAGGCACUCACCUUAUGGUGGACGGUCUAGGAGAGAGAGGUCGAGGUCAAUUCCUUAUUCUCCAUAUGGUAGCCCAGAUAGAAGGUAUGCUCGUGGAUCUAGGUGAUGUCUUUUGUUAGCUCGCUUUCAUCUUUGAAGUUGUGGAAAGGUAAAAACUGUACUUCUGUCAUAGUAUGUAUCAGUUUGUAUCCGUGUUUUGGAAGUAGUCUGCACUCUUAUAUACUUGUAUUUAUUCCGUAUUUGUACAAUUCAUAAUCUAAUGGUCAAAUGGUUCUACAAGACCCCGUAUUAGUACUCUGGUAGA